AUGGCCGCCCAGAACUCGAGCCACUCGCAGAACCUCAUCGGGCAGGUCAUCGACAACUCGAGCCCGCACACGGGCAUCUCGCACCUCGAGUUCGUGUCGGUACUCGGCCUCGGCGCGUACGGCGUCGUCUACCUCGCGCGCGACAUCGCCGCGCACCCGACGCCCUACCCGACGAGCCGCGCGCACCCAGAACUCGGCCACCUCCCGCUGUACGCCGUCAAGUGCCUCAACAAGGUCGGCCUCGACGUGCGCCAGCGCAACUUCCAGCAGCGCGAGAUCAACCUUCACUGGGCCGCGUCCGAGCACCCGAACGUCGCGACCCUGUACAACGUCAUCGACGACGAGACGUGCACCUACGUCGUCCUCGAGUUCUGUGACGAGGGCGACCUGUUCGGCAUGAUCACCGACCGCCAGCGGUACCUGAGCGACGACGACCUCAUCCGCCGCGUCUUUCUCCAGAUCGUCGACGCCGUCGAGUACUGCCACGCCAAGGACAUCUACCACCGCGACCUCAAGCCCGAGAACAUCUUGUGCCUCGACGACGGCCAGAAGGUCAUGCUCGCCGACUUUGGCCUCGCGACCGGCGAGCGCAUGAGCGGCGACUUUGGCUGCGGCUCGACGUUCUACAUGUCGCCAGAAUGCCAGGGCGGCCUCUUCCAGCGCCUGUCGUCCUACUCGACCCCGCACAACGACAUCUGGUCCCUCGGCGUCAUCCUCGUCAACCUCACGUGCGGCCGCAACCCGUGGAAGCAGGCGUGCCCCUCGGACGAGACGUUCUGCGCCUACCUCGGCAACCCCGACUUCCUGCGCUCGAUCCUCCCCAUCUCGGAGCACACCAACCGCAUCCUCAAGCGCAUCUUUGCGCUCAACCCGCAGGCGCGCAUCUCGCUCGCCGACCUCCGCCGCGAGAUCCUCAGCGUCGAGACGUUCGUCAUGAGC